AUGUUCACGAGCUAUCUGACGGUGCUGGCGCUAAUCUCAUUCGCAUUCUCGAUCGAUGCGCAGUGCGCAAAACGCCGAGUCAUUGUCUCGCGCGGUACUGGUGAACUGCCCGGCACAUGUUCAGCAUGUACGCCUGCGAUUGACAUAGCACGGGCAAAGUUUCCAGACAUCGAGAUCGUCAAUGUAGAAUAUCCUGCCGGAGUGAUGCAAGAUACAUCUCAAUGCGUUCCUUUCAUCGUCAAGGCCGUCAACGAUUGCCCACAAUCGAUCAAUGUCCUCAUAGGCUACUCACAAGGAGCAACAUGCACGAUCAGAGCCCUCGGCCAAUUGCACAACAACAGUCCUCAUAUCUCUACGCUCGUUUUUGGCAGUCCUUGUGCCACAUCGGGCGAGGCUGGCCUCGUCGACGCGACCGGUAAGCCCACGAAAGCGACAGGCUUGGAAACGCUUGCCGGCUGCCGUGUACCCGAGCCCUUCUUCUCCGAUAAGAACCGUCUACUCGAUAUCUGCGCGUCGGCCGAUCCCGUAUGCGGGUCAGGCGCGGGCGGGCUCGGACUCGGCUCCAUGGGAGGCGGAUUAGGUAGCAUGCUCGGCAAAGGUUUCGGUAGCGGCGGUAGCGGUGGGUUGGGCAGCAUGCUCGGCAAAGGCUUGGGCGGCGGCGGGGGAUCCUCCCCUUUUUCAGGUGCCCAAGGUGCUGCUGGCGGUAUGGGAAACAGUCUCGGUAAGCUGCUGGGCGGCGCAGGCAAAUCGAACCCGUUCGCUAGCGCUGGCGCGGGCGCUGGAGGCAGCUCAAACCCAUUGGGGAGUUCGAGCUCACUUAAUGGUGCGGGUGGGGAGCUCAGCUCGCUGAUCUCAGGCGCACGUAGCAAGUUAGGGUUCUUGCGUGUCAAGCGCCAAGGUCAUCUGGGCUAUGGCUUUGGUCAGGUACCGCAGAUGGCUGGCGACUGGCUCGUUCAGCGAUUUGACGAUGUCUAA